AUGUCUUGCAUAAUCUGCCUUGCCCUGUUCUGCCGCCCGGGAGAAGACGACAACGCUCAACCAUACGCUUUGUCGUGCGGAAUGCUUUGGUGCUCAGAGGCGACAAGUAUAACUGCAAUUCCUAUACAGUAUCGAAAGCAUGUUAUACUACCAAUGGUAAAACUCCUGAUUGAUUUCACUCCUCCCACAUCGACGGAGGAGAAUGAGUGUCUAAAAGCAGAAAUCGACAGCCUGAGGGCUGAGCUUGCAUCAACCCGAGCAACCGUCGAACGAUACCGUACCGAAAACGAUCGCCUUCAAUUCAAGCUGGCAGACUGUCGAAACCACUUCUCGAAAAGGGCGCAAGCCGCAGAGGAACGAUUCACGAGAAUUUACAGAGAAGCGGGUUGUAAAGUCUCAUUGCUUGAACAUGAACAUGUUCGGCUUCAAAAUGAGACCAUUUAUCUACGGCACCGCUACGACACACUGCAACUGCAGUACACCCAGCUACAGAAUGAAUAUAAGGUGAUUGAAGAUGCGAGCAGCGGCUUAUCUGGAGAGGUAGAAGCCUUAAAUUUUCGCGUCAAGACUCUCACCAGCCAGCUGACGCUUAUGCAAGAGGAUCAGAAUGCAUCAUCCUCUACCGACACCUUAAAAACAGCUUCGUUGGUCAACGCUAUCGCGGCAACAAGUUCAGCUUUAAUGUAUACCGACGACUCUGACGAGGAGGAUGUUUCCUGUGGCACCACAGAUGGAGUAAAUUCCCAUAAAUCAUGUCGAGAGCACCCGGCUACAUGUUGGGAGAAGGAGAAUAUUCCUCCUCCGUCUAUGCCAAGAUCACCAUCGCAUCGACUUGUUAGGCCAAUGCCACGCAGAUCAAUUGCACCCCGUGUAACACUUGAAUCCUCUCCUUCCCAUCAUAGGCACAAUGGUCGCCAUUCUUAG